AUGGCGGCCAAGAACAUCCCGACGCGCUUCUCGAAAUAUACCGUCCAGCCGAAGGGUAUUUAUGGCUUCAUCAACAGGGUGUUCGCCCUUGACCCCAGCCGCUCCUCCGGUGUGCCGAUGAACCCUCAAUUCCGCAACCCGCCGCCGGGCGCCGUCGACCCAGCGACCUACGACGACCCUGUUACGGUACCCGCUGCCGACCUUGCAGAAAAUCCGUACUGGAAGCGCGAUGUGCGACGCCGAUACCCGCAGCUAUCGACUGUGACCCAAGCUGACGCCGUAGCGCUGCUGGAAGUGGGAAGCGCGGCCGCGCCGAAGCAGGAGCUGAUUGGCGAGGCAGGGACGAAGCAGCUAGUUGCGGCACAGGAAGAUGGUGCGAAGGGGUUGAGUGUGGCAUUUGAGAGGAACACAGGGCUGGCGAAGGAUGUGCUGGGACCCGGUGGCAUGCCACCACUACCGAGUGGGCUGAAUGCGAGCGGCGUGGAGGGGAUGAAGAGGUACAAUCUGGUCGGCGAGCAGAGUUAUACUUCAGAGUACCCUUGCCGAAACUUUGUUUGA